AUCGACCAGGAUGGGCUGACUCUGCCCGAAAGGACCCUCUACCUGGGGCAGGAUGAGGAGAGUGAGAAGAUCCUGGCUGCGUACCGGGUGUUCAUGGAGCGGCUGAACACCCUCCUGGGGGCUGAGCAUGUGGAGCAGAAGGCCCAGGAGAUCCUGCAGCUGGAGCAGCACCUUGCCAAUAUCACGGUGUCCGAGUACGACGACGUGCGGAGGGACGUCAGCAGCAUGUACCACAGAGUGACCCUGGGCGAGCUGCAGCGCAUCACUCCCACGCUCAAGUGGAAGCGCUUGCUAGACCGCAUCUUCCAAGACAACUUCUCGGAGGAGGAGGAGGUGGUCCUGCUGGCCACUGACUACAUGCACAAGGUGUCCGACCUCCUGCGCGUGACACCCAGCAGGAUCCUGCACAACUACAUGCUGUGGCGCAUUGUGGUGGUGCUGAGCGAGCACCUCUCCACCCCCUUCCGGGACGCCAUCCAUGAGCUCUCCAAGGAGAUGGAGGGCAAUGAGAAGCAGCUCGAGCCAGGCAAGAUGUGCUUGAGCCAGGCCAACAAGCACUUUGGCAUGGCCCUGGGUGCCCUCUUCGUUGAGGAGCACUUCUCCUCUGCCAGCAAAGCCAAGGUGCAGCAGCUGGUGGAGGACAUCAAAUACAUCUUGGACCAGCGCCUGGAUGAGCUGGACUGGAUGGAUGAAGAGACACGGAGAGCGGCCAGGGCCAAGCUCCGGUACAUGAUGGUGAUGAUCGGGUACCCUGAUGUCCGGCUGAAGCCAGAGGCCAUUUACAAGGAAUAUGAGUUUGAGGUGGACGAGAAGACCUACUUCAAGAACAUCCUCAACAGCGUCGCCUUCAGCAUCAGGCUCUCGGUGAAGAAGAUCCGGCAGGAGGUGGACAAGUCUGCGUGGCUGCUGCCUCCCCAAGCACUGAACGCCUACUACCUGCCCAACAAGAACCAGAUGGGUACCGUCACCCUCUACGACAACUUCACCGUCUACAACCAGCGGGUGAAUGGCAAACACACGCUGGGGGAGAACAUUGCUGACAUGGGGGGACUCAAGCUCGCCUACUAUGCCUACCAGAAGUGGGUGCGGGAGCAUGGCCCUGAGCAUCCCCUGCACCACCUGAAAUACACACACGACCAGCUCUUCUUCAUCGCCUUUGCCCAGAACUGGUGCAUCAAGCGGCGGUCCCAGUCCAUCUACCUGCAGGUGCUGACGGACAAACACGCCCCAGAGCACUACAGGUACCAGCUGGCCCCAAAAGAGGGGGAGGGG